UCACUGAUGGGAUCACCAAUAAACUAAUUGGCUGCUACGUGGGUGACAUAACAGACGACGUCGUUCUAGUCAGAAUCUAUGGAAAUAAGACCGAGCUCUUAGUAGAUCGAGAUGAGGAAGUGAAGAGUUUCCGUGUGUUGCAGGCUCAUGGCUGUGCGCCUCAGCUAUACUGUACUUUCAAUAAUGGCCUGUGCUACGAGUUCAUGCAGGGAGAAGCACUGGAUCCAGAGCAUGUAUGCAAUCCAGAUAUUUUCAGACUCAUUGCCAGACAGCUUGCUAAAAUCCAUACUAUUCAUGCACACAAUGGAUGGAUCCCUAAAUCUAAUCUGUGGCUGAAGAUGGGAAAAUACUUCUCUCUCAUACCCACAGAAUUUGCAGAUGAAGAAGUAAAUAAAAGGUUUUUAAGUGACAUUCCAAGUCCUCAAGUUCUUCAAGAAGAGAUGGCCUGGAUGAAGGAAAGACUGUCAAAUUUAGGAUCACCAGUGGUACUCUGUCACAAUGACCUGUUGUGUAAGAAUAUCAUUUACAACAAGAAACGAGGUGAUGUGCAGUUCAUAGACUAUGAGUACUCUGGAUACAACUACCUGGCUUAUGACAUUGGAAAUCACUUCAAUGAAUUUGCAGGAGUAAAUGAGGUAGACUACAGCCUUUAUCCUAACAGAAAAUUACAGGAACAAUGGCUGAGAUCUUACCUUGAGGCCUACAAAGAAUAUAAAGGAUUUGGCACAGAAGUCAGUGAAAAAGAAGUUGAAGUUCUGUAUGUCCAAGUGAAUCAAUUUGCACUGGCUUCCCACUUCUUUUGGGGGUUGUGGGCUCUAAUCCAAGCCAAAUAUUCCACCAUUGACUUUGAUUUUCUGGGGUAUGCAAUUGUUCGCUUUAACCAGUAUUUCAAAAUGAAGCUGGAGGUCAUGACAUUAACUCUUCCUGAGUAAUGAAGAGGAAGAAACUUAUGAAGUGGAUAGACAACCCCUGAAUCUUUUCUGAGAACAGAUACUGGAAAAAAGCUAAACAUUUGUUGAAGUUCUGUAAUGCUCACUUGGUGGUUCUUGCUUUAUAAAUAAUGCCUCUAAACAGUCCUUCAAUGUUAAAUUUAAUAUGAAGAGCAUACGUACUGCUGUUGAUAUAAAACGGAUUAGAAACUUGCUAAAUCUAUAAAAAGUUGUAGAAAUGGCAAUUUAAUCCUUUGUAAUUUAACAUAUGUUGUAUGUGAAUUAUUUAUUAUAAGUUUAACAUGAUUCCAUUGCUGCUUUCAUCAGUUUUUGUGAGAGUUGGGUGCAGACAGUGAAGUUGUUCCAAAGGAUUUGUUUAACAACUUAUUUUAUUGAAGUUGCAUUAACUUAUAUUAAAGAAAACAUAGUCAGAGAAUAUUAACCUUUUAGAUGUAUAC